AUGACAAGAAGAAGGACAACUCGCCAAAAUGUGAAAAAUGCCAGCGCGCCGGUUGAAGAAUCAAAUGAUAUCGCAAUUAUUGAAUCAAAUAUUGUCACCGAAGGUCCUUUAGUGAAGAAAGAGCACGCGGACGACACGAUGAACUGGAACAAACUUCCCGGUUUUCUGCAAGCGCAUACAAUUUCGUUUUUGGAUUUCGGAUCGAGAUAUGCGCUUUCAAAAUGCUCGAAGAAAAUGUGGGAAAUCGAGAAGAUACCCAAAAUUUUCAUUCAAGAGAUUAAAUUCGAACGUGUGGAUGGUCCGCCGCGAAGAAUUGAAAAUAGACUCUGGCACCCUCACCUGCUCUCCGUCAAAUUCGAUAGUUGGACACCGAAAAAACAAAAAUUCUAUUUUUCAAGAUGCGAAAAUGUUGGCGCAGAUCAUGAGUAUGAGCGAACUCCUCGGAGUGUCGCCGAUAGCGUUGAAGAUGGGCUGCAAUUAAUUUUGGAUUUGAUGAAAAGGGGCAAUUAUUACGUCGAAAGGCUCUCAAUCGACAUCCCGAAUUGGGACCGCUCGUCGAUUCCGAUCGAGCCGUUCUCCUGCAAAACAUUCAAGUAUUUCUAUCGACACGCCGAUAGCGUUGCAAACACACUGAAUCUGAUUCAAAGCAACGUUGAGAAACUUGAAAUUAUCAGAGAAGGGUCUGUGCGCCUCCCGCCGGAGGUGCAAAACGCAAAAACCCUUUCAUUAUGGUCGCCGUGCAAUUUCACCGAACAGCAAUUUUUAGCUUUAAAAGCCAGCAAAAUUAUUCUGAAAAUUCCGAACAUCGAAGAAAGCAUACUUAAUCAAUUCAUCAGAAGGUGGAUUAACAGUCCAAAUCCAGAGAAUCUCGUUUUCAGCAUUAUAUAUACACAUGACAAAAAUAUUGAUUUGAUUUUAAGACAUAUUCCGCAUACCAAAUGGGACAUUAAUUAUGAAACAAAUAGUGGUGAAGCAUUCGCAAAGCCUUACCGUGAAACAAUUGCUGAGCUCAAUUUUUCACCGACUGGAAUUGAGACGCAUUAUCGCAUAAUGCACAAAAGCGGAAGAGCAGCGGCGAUGGUGACCCAUUCUUCCGACGUUUUUUUAUUCGUUGUCACUGGAAAAUGGUGGUCCACGUAUAACUGCGUUCUAGACAAUGUGCCACCGCUUCAUUUAUAA